CCCUUCCAAAAAUUAAAAAAAAAAAAAUAAAAGAAAUUCUUUUUCGGAACUAAAGUGAACAAAAUAAGAAAGCAUAACAUAACCAUAAUAGAAAUAAUAGUAACACACAGAAAUUGGCUUAUUUAUGAAUUUUUUUGAGCACGUAACAAGAAACAUAAUACAUAAGGUGUAAAUGUGAUGACUAAAAACGAAAACCAAUAUAUAACAACUAACUAACUAACUAAGUAAUAUCGAAACGACAACAGAACAGAAUGCCAGGCCUUAUUAGCCCCAAAUUGGUAGAAUCCAAAAACUGAAAAACCCCAAAACAAAACAAAACAAAACAGAAAAACCGAAGCAAAAACUGACUGAGAAUUAUUGAAUUAACCCAAGAAAGCCCACGAAUGCAGCCAACAUUGCCACAAGCCGCUGGGACAGCCGAUAUGGAUCUGACGGCUGUUCAAUCAAUCAACGAUUGGUUUUUCAAAAAGGAGCAAAUUUAUUUAUUGGCACAGUUUUGGCAACAGCGCGCAACCCUUGCCGAAAAGGAAGUGAACACACUCAAGGAGCAGCUAUCCACCGGCAAUCCCGAAAGCAAUCUCAACAGCGAGAACAGCGACACAGCAACAGCGGCAGCAACAGCGGCAGCAACAGCAGCAGCAGUUGCAGCAGUUGUUGCAGGAGCAACAGCAACAAGCGACAUCGACGACGAGCAGCAGCAGCAGUUGCAGCAGUUGCAGCAGACGGCCAGCGGCGGCAUUUUGGACAGCGACAGCGACAAGCUGCUGAACAGCUCCAUUGUUGCAGCGGCCAUAACGCUGCAGCAGCAGAACGGCAGCAAUCUGCUGGCAAACACAAACACGCCGUCGCCCUCGCCGCCGUUGCUCAGCGCCGAGCAGCAGCAGCAGUUGCAGAGCAGUUUGCAACAGAGCGGCGGUGUUGGCGGUGUUGGCGGCGCCUGCCUCAAUCCCAAGCUUUUCUUCAACCACGCCCAGCAGAUGAUGAUGAUGGAGGCGGCAGCCGCGGCAGCAGCGGCGGCACUGCAACAGCAGCAGCAGCAGCAAUCACCCCUCCACUCGCCGGCGAACGAAGUUGCGAUUCCCACAGAACAGCCAGUGGCAACGGUAGCAGCAGGAGCCGCCGCCGCAGCAACGAUUGCAACUGGCAAUGUCAAGAGCGGCGGCGCCACCAGCAACGUUAAUCACACCAGCAGCAACAAUAGUCACCAGGAGGUGGAGGAGCUGGACGAGGAGGAGGAGGACGAGGAGGAUGAUGAGGACGAGGACGAUGAGGAGGAGAAUGCCUCGAUGCAAUCGAAUGCUGAUGACAUGGAGCUGGAUGCACAGCAAGAAACCAGAACUGAGCCAAGUGCAACAACACAGCAGCAGCAGCAGCAGCAGCAGCAGGAGCAGCAAGAUACAGAGGAUCUUGAGGAGCACAAGGAUGCGGGGGAGGCUAGUUUAAAUGUUAGCAAUAAUCACAAUACAACCGAUAGCAAUAAUAGUUGUAGUCGAAAGAACAACAAUGGUGGCAAUGAAAGUGAGCAACAUGUGGCCAGUUCAGCGGAGGACGAUGAUUGCGCCAACAACAAUACGAAUACCAGCAAUAACAACAACACCAGCAGCACCGCCACCAGCAACACGAACAACAACAACAACAAUAAUAAUAGCAACAAUAACAACAACAACAAUAACAACAACAGCAGCAGCGGCAACAGCGAGAAGCGCAAGAAGAAGAACAAUAACAACAACAAUGGCCAGCCUGCUGUCCUACUAGCUGCCAAAGAUAAAGAGAUUAAAGCACUGCUGGACGAACUGCAGCGCUUGAGGGCGCAGGAGCAGACGCACCUUGUGCAAAUCCAGCGACUGGAGGAACAUCUCGAGGUCAAGCGUCAGCACAUCAUCCGCUUGGAGGCACGUUUGGAUAAGCAGCAAAUCAAUGAGGCGCUGGCCGAGGCGACUGCCUUGGCUGCUGCCGCGGCGACCAACAACAACAACAAUAGCCAGAGCAGCGACAACAACAAGAAAGAGAGAUCGCUGGAUGCAUCCUCAUCAGCCAUUGCCGAGCUGCCGGAGUCCACAAAGGCACGCGUUCCGACGGAGGACGAGGAAGACGAUGAGGACCAGGCCAUGCUGGUGGACUCCGAGGAGGCGGAGGAUAAGCCAGAGGAGUCACGACACGGCGACGAGGACGACGAGGAGGACGAGGGCGAGGAUCGCGAGGCGGUCAAUGCCAACACAACCGAUAGCAACGAGCUCAAAAUCAAAAAGGAACAGCACAGUCCGCUGGAUCUGAAUGUGCUCAGUCCGAAUUCGGCCAUUGCCGCUGCAGCUGCGGCCGCCGCUGCCGCCGCCUGCGCCAAUGAUCCCAACAAAUUCCAGGCUCUGCUCAUCGAGCGGACCAAAGCCCUGGCCGCCGAGGCGCUCAAGAAUGGCGCCAGCGAUGCCCUCAGCGAUGAUGCCCACCACCACCAGCAGCAGCAGCAGCAGCACCACCAGCAGCAGCAGCACCACCAGCACCACCACCACCAGCAGCAGCAGCAGCACCACCAGCAGCAACACCUCCACCAGCAACAUCACCAUCACCUGCAACAGCAGCCAAACAGCGGAAGCAACAGCAAUCCGGCGAGCAACGACCACCACCAUGGACACCAUUUGCAUGGCCAUGGCCUGCUGCAUCCAUCGUCGGCGCACCACCUGCACCACCAGAGCCAGGCGAACGAGUCCAAUUCGAAUUCGAGCACACCCACAGCGGCGGGCAACAAUAAUGGGAGCAACACGGGCAACGGCAACGGGAACGGGAACGGCAACAGCAACAGCAACAGCAAUGUGAAUAGCACCGCUCAAUUGGCCGCCAGCUUGGCCAGCACACUGAAUGGCAGCAAGGCCCUGAUGCAGGAGGAGAGCAACGGCUUGGCCGCCGCCGCCAUGGCUGCCCAUGCCCAGCAUGCGGCGGCCUUGGGACCGGGAUUCUUGCCCGGCCUGCCAGCCUUUCAAUUUGCCGCUGCCCAAGUGGCCGCCGGUGGCGAUGGACGCGGCCAUUACCGCUUCGCCGACUCGGAAUUGCAAUUGCCACCGGGCGCCUCGAUGGCCGGUCGUCUUGGCGAGUCGCUGAUACCCAAAGGUGAUCCCAUGGAGGCCAAGCUCCAGGAGAUGCUGCGCUACAACAUGGACAAGUACGCCAACCAGGCGCUGGAUACCCUGCACAUUUCGCGGCGCGUCCGUGAGCUGCUCUCGGUGCACAACAUUGGCCAGCGCCUCUUCGCCAAGUACAUACUGGGCCUGUCCCAGGGCACCGUCUCCGAGCUGCUGAGCAAGCCCAAGCCGUGGGACAAGCUGACGGAGAAGGGACGCGAUAGCUACCGCAAAAUGCACGCCUGGGCCUGCGACGAUAACGCCGUCAUGCUGCUCAAAUCGCUGAUACCCAAGAAAGAUUCUGGGCUGCCACAGUAUGCGGGUCGUGGAGCCGGCGGCGCUGGCGGCGAUGAUUCCAUGUCCGAGGAUCGGAUUGCCCACAUCCUCAGCGAAGCCUCCUCGCUGAUGAAACAGAGCAGCGUGGCCCAGCAUCGGGAGCAGGAGCGUCGCAGCCACGGCGGUGAGGAUUCGCACAGCAACGAGGACAGCAAGUCGCCGCCGCAGAGCUGCACCUCGCCGUUCUUCAAGGUGGAACAGCAGCUGAAGCAGCACCAGCAUCUCAAUCCCGAGCAGGCUGCUGCCGCUCAGCAGCGGGAAAGGGAGCGCGAGCAGCGGGAACGGGAGCAGCAGCAGCGCUUGCGGCACGAAGACUUGGCCCAGGACAAGAUGGCUCGGCUCUACCAGGAGCUGAUUGCACGCACACCGCGGGAGACGGCUUUUCCAAGCUUUCUCUUCUCACCCUCGCUAUUCGGAGGAGCCGCUGGAAUGCCGGGAGCAGCAAGCAAUGCCUUUCCCGCCAUGGCCGAUGAAAACAUGCGCCACGUGUUCGAGCGUGAGAUUGCCAAGCUGCAGCAGCACCAGCAGCAGCAGCAAGCUGCCCAGGCUCAGGCACAGUUUCCCAACUUCUCGAGCCUGAUGGCACUGCAACAGCAGGUCCUUAACGGUGCCCAGGAUCUCUCGCUGGCUGCCGCCGCAGCCAAGGACAUCAAGUUGAACGGCCAGCGAUCCUCGCUGGAGCACAGUGCCGGCAGCAGCAGUUGUUCCAAGGACGGCGAACGGGAUGACGCGUAUCCAAGUUCCCUACAUGGCCGCAAAUCCGAGGGCGGCGGCACACCCGCGCCACCUGCCCCACCAUCUGGGCCAGGAGCGGGUGCAGGAGCCCCACCCACAGCAGCACCAGCAACCGGCGGUGCCAGCAGCAAUUCGGCAGCACCCAGUCCGCUAAGCAAUUCAAUCCUUCCGCCGGCAUUGAGCAGCCAAGGUGAGGAGUUCGCGGCGACAGCCAGUCCCUUGCAGCGAAUGGCCUCGAUCACCAAUUCGCUGAUCACCCAACCGCCGGUGACGCCGCACCACAGUACGCCACAGCGACCCACCAAGGCGGUUCUGCCACCGAUCACCCAGCAACAGUUCGACAUGUUCAACAAUCUGAACACCGAGGAUAUAGUCCGGCGUGUGAAGGAAGCCCUGUCGCAGUACUCCAUCUCGCAGCGACUGUUUGGCGAGUCCGUGCUGGGCUUGUCGCAGGGAUCGGUCUCCGAUCUGCUGGCCAGACCCAAGCCCUGGCACAUGCUCACCCAAAAGGGGCGUGAACCCUUCAUUCGCAUGAAGAUGUUCCUGGAGGAUGAGAACGCGGUGCACAAGCUGGUCGCCAGUCAGUACAAGAUUGCGCCCGAGAAGCUGAUGCGGACGGGCAGUUACAGCGGCAGUCCGCAGAUGCCACAGGGCUUGGCAAGCAAAAUGCAGGCCGCCUCAUUGCCCAUGCAGAAGAUGAUGAGCGAACUCAAGCUGCAGGAGCCAGCACAGGCGCAGCACUUGAUGCAGCAAAUGCAGGCGGCAGCCAUGUCGGCGGCCAUGCAGCAGCAGCAGCAAGUGGCACAAGCGCAGCAGCAGGCACAGCAGGCGCAGCAGGCACAACAGCAUUUGCAGCAGCAGGCGCAGCAGCACUUGCAGCAGCAGCAACAUCUCGCCCAGCAGCAACACCCCCAUCAGCAGCACCACCAAGCGGCCGCCGCGGCUGCCGCGUUGCACCACCAAAGCAUGCUUCUGACCUCGCCCGGACUGCCACCCCAGCAUGCCAUCAGCCUGCCACCGUCGGCGGGUGGAGCCCAGCCAGGUGGUCCUGGUGGCAAUCAGGGCGGCUCGAAUCCCUCGAAUAGCGAAAAGAAGCCCAUGCUGAUGCCGGUGCAUGGCACAAAUGCCAUGAGGAGUCUGCACCAGCACAUGUCGCCCACCGUUUAUGAAAUGGCCGCUUUAACCCAAGAUCUGGACACCCACGACAUCACCACCAAGAUCAAGGAGGCGUUGCUGGCCAACAACAUUGGGCAGAAAAUAUUCGGCGAAGCCGUUUUGGGACUUUCUCAGGGCUCCGUGUCCGAGCUGCUGAGCAAACCGAAGCCCUGGCACAUGCUCUCCAUCAAGGGCAGGGAACCCUUCAUCCGGAUGCAAUUGUGGCUCAGCGAUGCCAACAAUGUGGAGCGAUUGCAGUUGCUGAAGAACGAGCGACGGGAGGCCAGCAAACGGCGAAGGAGCACGGGCCCAAAUCAGCAGGACAAUAGCAGCGAUACCUCCAGCAACGAUACCAAUGACUUCUAUACCAGCAGUCCGGGUCCAGGAUCCGUGGGUUCGGGCGUCGGUGGUGCACCGCCGAGCAAAAAGCAGCGUGUCCUCUUCUCCGAGGAGCAGAAGGAGGCACUUCGGCUGGCAUUCGCCUUGGAUCCGUAUCCAAAUGUGGGCACCAUCGAGUUUCUGGCCAACGAGUUGGGCUUGGCAACGCGUACGAUCACCAACUGGUUCCACAAUCAUCGCAUGCGGUUGAAGCAACAGGUGCCACACGGACCAGCCGGUCAGGAUAACCCGAUACCGAGUCGCGAGAGCACCAGUGCCACUCCCUUCGAUCCCGUCCAAUUUCGCAUUCUGCUGCAACAGCGUCUCCUGGAGCUCCACAAGGAGCGAAUGGGCAUGAGCGGUGCCCCCAUUCCCUAUCCGCCGUACUUUGCUGCCGCCGCCAUUUUGGGCCGCAGUCUGGCGGGGAUUCCCGGCGCAGCAGCGGCCGCUGGAGCAGCUGCAGCUGCUGCCGCAGUUGGCGCCUCCGGCGGCGAUGAGUUGCAGGCCCUGAACCAGGCCUUCAAGGAACAGAUGAGCGGUCUGGAUCUGUCGAUGCCCACCUUAAAGCGGGAACGCAGCGAUGACUAUCAGGACGAUCUGGAACUGGAGGGCGGUGGUCACAAUCUGAGUGACAACGAAUCGCUGGAGGGCCAGGAGCCAGAGGACAAGACCACCGACUACGAGAAGGUGCUGCACAAAUCCGCUUUGGCCGCUGCCGCCGCUUACAUGUCCAAUGCAGUGCGCAGUUCACGACGAAAACCAGCUGCACCACAGUGGGUCAAUCCCGCCGGAGCGGUGACCAAUCCAAGUGCCGUUGUUGCAGCCGUUGCUGCCGCUGCAGCUGCCGCGGCGGACAAUGAGCGCAUCAUCAACGGGGUGUGCGUGAUGCAGGCCUCCGAGUACGGACGCGAUGAUACGGAUAGCAACAAGCCAACGGACGGCGGCAACGAUUCCGAUCAUGAGCAUGCCCAGCUGGAGAUCGAUCAGCGCUUCAUGGAGCCGGAGGUGCACAUCAAACAGGAGGAGGACGACGACGAGGAGCAGUCGGGAUCGGUCAAUCUGGACAGCGAGGACAAUGCGGCUAGCGAGCAAAAACUGAAGGUGAUCAACGAGGAGAAGCUGCGAAUGGUGCGUGUUCGCCGGCUGAGCAGCACUGGUGGUGGUUCCUCUGAGGAGAUGCCAGCUCCCCUGGCACCACCACCUCCUCCGCCAGCAGCAGCAGCAGCAGCAGCGGCUUCCUCCUCUGCCGCCAGUGGAGAGAGCAGCAGCAGCAGCAGCAGCAGCAACAGCAACAGCAACAGCAGCACCACCACACCAGCGGUAACCACUGCAGCUGCAACUGCGGCAGCCGGCUGGAACUACUAAAGUAAAACAAUUAACCGAACUAAAUAUGAAUUCAGUGCAAUGUGUAGAGCGAAGCGGAGGUGGAGAUGGAAACGCGUUUACUUGUGAUUAAGUUUGAAUGUUUAAACGAUGUGAGGACCCGGGAGACAUACAUAGAUACAUACAUACAUGCAUACAUAUAAAUAGCACUUAGGCUCUAGAAAACUAUAUUUUUUUUUUGUUUUUUUUAAUAAACAUUAACUACUAAAUAUAGGCGUUAGUUGUAGCCGUUAAGGUAGCCUUAGAUUGAGGAGUUGUAAUAGUUGUAGCUAAAAGUUUAGAGACGCUAUGCGAUGAUGAUGAUAAUGAUAAUGAUAAAGAUAAAGAUAAUGAUGAUGAUGAUGACGAUGAUAAUGAGAGAGCAGCGCAAAAGUAUUAAUGAGAAAAUAAACCCCAUUUAAGAACCCCGACUUGCCGAAGAACUUUAACCAAAAUGUCGAGAUCCAAUUGAUAGUGAAAGAUUUGAUCUUGCAAAGAUUUUCGAUUUCGAUUUUUCGAUUUGUUUCUACUUGAAGACUGUAAGCAAAGGCGGUAGGAUUGAUAACUACAGACGUAAAUCUAUUCUAUACAACUUUUUUUUUGAGAAACUAUUAUAUGAUUAUUAGCAGUUUAGCUGGUUAAGUGUAAAUAAAUAAUUAAAUGAAUGAUGAUGACGAUUGAUGGUGUACAUAGAUUUCUCGCGAGGCAUGAUCUUGCUGUCGUUCUUCCUAAAAAAAAUCCUACCUUCUACCACCCUCAGCAACCGACUUGUUUAACUAUCUUUUGAUCUCAAGCAAAAAACAAAACAAAACAAAAAGAAAACGAAAACGAAAGAAACGAAACAAAACAAAGCAAAGCAGAAAUUGAAAGGGAAAUGUGGAAGGCAUGGAGUGAAAAUCCAAAGUAAAAGAUAGUUAAAGGCAAAGCUGAAUUGCAGCGAGCAGAAGAGUUUUCCCCUAUUUUGUUGCCCAAAUAAAAUAUAUAAGUAUGUAUGUCGAUGAGGAAAGGAGAGGCAAAUCGAGAAGAAAAAAAACAAAUAUAUAACAAUAAACUUUGUAAAUUCUGAAUUUACAUAAAAAAUCACACACAUAAAAAAUACACCUACACAACAAAAACACACAC